AGUAUCAAAAAAUAUCAACAAUAAUUGACGUUUUUCAUCAACUUUUUUUUUUUUGCCACGAAAAUGGUUUUGCUGGAUAACUCGAACUUUAUCCUGCGCCUGGAGAAGAUCGCCAAUGCGGCGAAGAAGGACUCUUCCUUUACGCUAACUUUCAAACGCUAUGAUGGCCACGACAAGCCCGUGCCCCGUGCCGGUAGACCGCCACUGCCCAAGCCAGCUACAUACAUGUGCCUGAUACGAGCCCAGUCCAAGUCGCAAAAGAUUUCCACUGUCGUCCGCCAGGAGGAUGUGCCCACAAUGAUGGGCAUGUACUCACAAUUCAUGAAGAGCAAAAUGGAUGGCCUGAAGCGCGUGAAGAAGGUGAAAAGCAAGGCCAAGGCGACGAAGGGAUAGUGUUUGGUGCUAGGAAUCAGAGUUCGUGGGUCUUAGGUAGAUUUUAUUUUUGACUGUUACCAGGUCUUCGUUUUAAAUGCAUAAUUUUCUACAAAA